AUGCAGGCUUCAUACGUAACACCUGAUGAAAUGGAGAAGAUGGGAAAGAAAGAUGGUGAUAAAGAAGUUGAAGCAUUUAUUCAAGCAAAUACUGUAGAAUUGGCUCAAGACAAGUGGUUAUGUCCACUAUCUGGGAAAAAAUUCAAAGGACCAGAUUUCAUUCGUAAACAUCUCACGAGUAAGCACGAUGAAAAGCUGCGUGAAGUACGCGAAGAGGCAAUUUUCUACAACAAUUACUUGGCUGAUCCAAACAGGCCUGCCAAUGUGGAGGUCAAGCCAAGCCCCGCGCCACCACGGGAAGAAGAGCGUCGUGAGGAUAGAUACAGAGAUCGCAAUGAACGCAGCGAUCGAGGCGGCGGAGAUCGCAGUUAUGCGAGUAGUGGGGACCGCAGAAACCGUGGUUACGCAGGCUUUGGAAGCGGUGGUCCGCCUCGCGAUCGUGGUCCACGUUUCACACCAGAAUCGUCACGCCCUCUCACCUCUUACAGAGACCUCGAUGCGUUCCCAAUUGAUUGA